GUGCAGGAAGUGUGAUGACGUCACUAUUCAGCACAGAGGAUCGAGGGAUAGGGGAUAGUAAACCCACCGGCCCCAACUAGCCAACCAAACGCAUCGCUGGCGCCUGGCAUCUCAACGACAGACAGCCAGCCGAGAGACAACAAAGAUCCUCCCGUAGGUCAGUUUGUGCGAAGACUGAUAAGCCAGAUGACCUCUAAACCGGGCAUAGUUUUUGUGCUGGGCGCUCCAGGCUCCGGCAAGGGUACUCAAUGCGAGAAAAUUGUGGACAAGUUUGGCUUUGUACAUCUCUCGGCCGGCGACCUGCUGCGAGAAGAGCGCAACACCCCUGGUUCUCAGUAUGGCGCUCUCAUUGAGGGCCACAUCACCGGCGGCACUAUUGUGCCCGUCGAAAUCACCUGCAGCCUUUUGGAAAAAGCCAUGAUUAAGUCUGGCUCUUCCAAAUUCCUCAUCGAUGGUUUUCCUCGCAACCAGAAUAAUCUUGACGGCUGGAACAGCCAGAUGGGCGCCAAAGUGAAUUUGCUUUUUGUGCUGUUCUUCGAGUGCCCUCAGGAGGUGUGCACCGAUCGAUGUCUGCAACGUGGCGCUGCUGGCAGCGGCCGCUCAGACGACAACCCUGAAAGUUUGGCUAAACGCUUUGACACCUACAUCAAUGCCACAAUGCCCAUAGUUGAUCACUACAGGGCACAAGACCUUGUCCGCACUGUUCUGGCUAACAGGUCUCCAGACGAGGUCUUUGUUGACGUUUGCGAAGCUUUUGAUGGAAUCAAGGAGGCAUAAUUUUGGCUUAAUCGAUUUUAUAUAAUAGGCAAACCAGAGCAUUUUCCUUCUUCCUAAAAGAUCAAUUAUAAUUUUUUUCCUAUGCGAAUUGCGAAUAGGAAAUGCUUGGUUUUGUCUGAAAAUUUUGAGUCAUAUCCAUUGUGUCUUUACUUUUUUUUAUCCUCUUAUUUACGCACUCCUCUGCAUAACAAACAUUUGGCUGUGAGUGAGCUGGUUUUGGUCUGCCAGAGUUUGUAUGUUGGAAUUGGUGCCACAUCAUGUGUUUCUAGCGUUGUGCACUACAGCUCAUUUAAAUUUUACUUGUUGACGGCACUUGAUUGCUCGAAAUGCGUUUUUUGUUGCUUUAGCCCAUGUUAUCUUUACUCAAAUAUGAAAAUGUCACAUCAAGCAUUUAUUUCUUUAUUAAUGGUCACAAAUGGUGCUCUGUCUUUGUGAGACAAGAAAAUUGCAGGAAAGAUUUUGAGCAGACAGGGCACCUAAGCAAUAUUUAUUUCCAAGCAGUAUAAUUAUGUUAAAAAUUGCCUCGCCCCACUGCCAAAAUGAACUUAUUCCAUUUAUAAAUAUUGAACAAGUAUGUAGGUAACAAACCCAGGAUUUGUUUGUAUGUAUUCAUACAAUGUCACAAAAUUCUUUUGACCCAGAUGUUUUUAAGUUUUCUUUGCUAUGCAAUACAAACGUGUGUAGAUAAAAAUAAAUAUAACAUUGUUUUAUUCA